CAAAACCCUCGAGGAGGCGACGAGCGUUGGUUUAUCGGUUGAGACAGGAAGACCACGCUGUCUCACCGGGUUUGUUCCAGGCCACUGACCCCGAGAAGGAGCCCUCGUCCCGUCGACCCCCCUCGUCCCCGCGCCGCAGUGUAUCCACACCCCCGCGGAGCGGUGGAUGUAAUGUGACACAUCUCCAUCUCUCUGCUGACUUACUUCCGGGAGACGGCCACCAUGCAGGACUGCCACACUGGACUGUGUCUGUCGGUCUACGUGUUCACCUUCGUGCUGGGCUUCCCGGCCAACGUGCUCGCCUUCUACACCUUCUGCAAGAAGGUGAGGCAGAAACCCACCCCCAUCGACAUCCUGCUCCUCAACCUGACCAUCUCCGACCUCCUCUUCCUCGUCUUCCUGCCCUUCAAGAUGCAGGAGGUGGUGAACGGCAUGCGCUGGAACCUGCCGUACGCCCUCUGCCCGCUGACGCGCUUCAUCUUCUACAUGACCAUCUACAACAGCACCCUCUUCCUCACGGCGGUCAGCGUGGAGCGCUACCUGGGCGUGGCCUUCCCCAUCCAGCACACGCUGAAGCGGCGGCCGGCGUACGCCAGCGCCGCCAGCAUCUUCUUCUGGAUCUUCUCCUUCAUCCACCUGAGCAUUGUGCUCAUCGUACCCUUCCUCCGCCCUCAGAGGUCCGGGAACGGCACGUCGGAACACGCCGACAAUGACGUGUGCUACGAGAACUUCACGGAGGGCCAGCUGCAGGUGCUGCUGCCCGUGCGCCUGGAGCUCUUCGUGGUGCUCUUCUGCAUCCCCUUCCUGAUCAGCAGUUUCUGCUACAUCAACUUCAUCAGAAUCCUGUCCAAGCUGCAGCACAUCGGGCGGCGCCGGCACCUACGGGCCAUCGGCAUGGCCCUGGGAACCCUGGUGGUGUACGCCGUGUGCUUCGGCCCGUACAACGUGUCGCACGUCGUCGGGUUCGUGGCGUGGAGGAGCCCCGCCUGGCGGGACAAAGCGCUGCUCUGCAGCACCUUCAACGCCUGUCUGGACCCUCUGAUUUUCUACUUCUCCUCCUCGGCGGUGAGAAAGACGGUGGGCAGCGUGAUAAAAGGGGUCAGAAGUCGCCUCAACAGGUGCUUCUCCUGUCACAUGCUCCGGGCCUCGCGUGGGGAAAAGAACGAGCCCACGAAAGAUAAGGAACGCAAACAAGAGGCGAUCAAUGCUAUCUGAGGAGACUGGAAAGAGGCUGCGAGCAGCUGCCUCCGCUAAUUUGCGCUUUGGCUCGUGAGGAAGUGGCUGGGCGCCCUGUACACGGUCACACGGUCACACGGUCACACCUUUUAUGUGAAGCGAGGUGAAGGAUUUCACAUGAGCUCAAUGCAGUCGGGUGCUUUCCUCAGAGCUUUGAGCCGGACACCUUCGCAGGAGUCUCUAAAAGGAUUAAAUUGUGUUGAAAAAUGACGGGACUUUGCACGACCUUACACACAAUGCAGCGAAUGUGGGGUCUGCUGACAUGUAAACAUGGAUUCGCUUAUUCAACCCGGGAACAUUUAGAUUAUAUCUGGUCUAAUCUUGAUAUCGAAACUAAAUGUAGCAAUACUAUAGAAUGAAUGUUCUAGUAUCAAAGAAUGAAUGCUUAGAAUAUACGUCUGAAAGCCAAAUGACUUACUUACGAAACAAUACGGAAGUACAAUUUUCAUAAACAAAUCAGGUAAAUAUAUAUUUUGCUAAAUACAUUUGUUAUAUAAUGGGUGACACAUGUGUGACUGUAGCUGAGCCGAGGAAUAUAAAGUGAUAACAUAACUGCUGCUUUCAUAAACCUGAAUGUAGAUGUGUACUAUAUGUGCGUAUAUGUAUGGAUCAUUCCAAGGCAACAAAUAUAUGUGUAUAAAUAUGUAUGUACAGUAUUUGGGAAAAAAUAAAACAAACAA